AUGCCGUACGCGACCGCGGCGACCAUCGCGGCGGAAUACACGAAACGAAUCCAACACUUGGAAAAAGAGUUACGGGAUGCGCACUUACAAAUUUCCGAGGGCAACGCGGCCAAACACUCCUCGGCGACGACAUCGAUUGAGUUGGAAAAAGCGAGAGAGAGAAUCGGAAAUCUGGAACAAGCCGUCGUGUUGCUCACGCGAGAGAAGGACGAAGUCACGCGGCAUCAUCGAGACGCCGAGGAGGCGUACGCGAAGCUGUUUGAAAAAGCGUCGGAUAUCGACGGCGCGAAAGAUACGGCGAUUAGAAACGCGAAGCGAGACAUCGAGAAGAAUUUACGAGUGGAAUACACGCAAAAAAUGGACGAGUACGAGAGACGCGUGGAGCGGGAGAUGAACGAGUUUCGCGAGCAACAGGUCAAGCAAGUGCACGAGGCGAUUUUAGACGCGCACUUUUCGGUGCCAGAGAGAGAGAAGAUGAAGGAAGAUCACGAGGACGAGUUGGCGAGGUUGAAAGCGAGAGUGGACGAGACCGUGGAGUUUCACGUGAGAGAAGGCGUGAAUCAAGUGAAGAGCGAGUACGAGAAGAAGUUUUUGGAGCAAGCGAUCGAGGUGAGAGAAAAAGCCGAGGAGAACGCGGAGUUGUUGGAGACUUGCGUGAGGUUGAAGAGGGAGAGAGAUACCGCGGAACGGUUGAGACAAGACGCCAAAGGGGAAGGGAUUAAGUUUUUGACGAAUACUUUGAAAGAGAUGGAGUUGAAGCACGCGGAGCAACAAGAGGUGGUGAACGAGUUGAGAGAACGGGAGAGGAAACGAGCCGAGGAGAAGAUCGACGAGACGUACGCGGAAGUCAACCGACAGUUGGACGACGAAAGAGAGCAAUUUAAGAUUAAAUUCGAAAAGCAACGAAAGUUCAUGACGGAAGAGUUGGAGCAAGCGAGAGACGAGGCGAAAGAAGCCGCGGUGAAGUUGACGAACCAUCACGAGGAGAUGAAGGAGAAAAUGCACGACUUGACGUUGAAAAGUCAAGAUUUGAUCGAUCAAAACGCGCGUUUGAGAGACGUGGUGAAAACGUUCGAGGAUUACGUCGAGGAGUUGGAGGAGAGAGAAGCGCGAUUGGAGAUUUACCAAUCGAAAUUGGUCGGCGCGAAGGAAACGAUCGAAGCUAUGAAAGAAAUCAUGGCGGACGAUAAACACAAAAUCGCGCAAGCGGUGUCGAACAUCAUGAGGAACGUAAAUGACGUCAAAGCGUGGGCGACUGGAAUUCGAUCGAAAUUAACCUUAGCUGGAGCGGAGAGCAUGGACGUGCAAAGAGCGAUGGUGUCGUUCGAAGACGCCAUGCGAUCGGUGGACCGAGCGAUCGCCGAGGUGGAAACGAGCUCUAGUCGCGACUCGGUGAGAUUGAUGGACAUCAUGAAACGCUCCGAGGCUACCGCGGAGAGGGAAACCAUGGACAUGCGUUCGGGGAGAUCGGUGAGAAAGAGCGAGUUGCAAAAGAAACUAUCAGCCGCGAGCGAUGGCGAUAAAAUUACCGCGUUAGCGGACGCGCACGACGGAUUCCAAGGGUACGUGGAAAAAUACGGUAUUGCCGCCUCGGUUUGGGGAGCGGGCGCGGUGGAGCGACCGAAAGCCGCCGCGGACACCUCCGGCGGAGGGUCCUACUUUGGCGGCUUGUUCGGCGGAUAA